AUAAAACAAAACUUGCCUAGCAAACAUACUACAAAUACAAAUCCAUGGAAGACAACAUGAACUCUUACGGUCGUUCAAGGGGUGGUAUUACUUCGACGUAUCGGGGUGUACGAAAGAGGAAAUGGGGUAAGUGGGUGUCCGAAAUACGUGAACCCGGUAAAAAGACCCGAAUAUGGCUCGGGAGCUUUGAUACUCAAGAAAUGGCAGCUAUUGCUUAUGAUGUAGCUGCAUUUCAUCUAAGGGGACGUGGAGCCCACCUGAACUUCCCAGAGCUGGCAGACGAGUUACCUUGUCCUGUCAGCUCUGGGGCAGAGGAUAUUCGUAGGGCUGCUCAGGAAGCCGCAACCAUCCUACAUCCUAGGAUGACUAGUCAUCCUAAUAGCAUGCAGAGUGGUGGUCGUACGGAAGUCACAACCCAUCCCUCGUAUUCGUCCUCAUCGUCUCCGACUAGGGUCGGGUUGUCACCAUGGCAAAUUCAGGCUAUUAAUGAGUCGCCGUUGGAGUCACCCCAAAUGUGGUCUAGCAUGACGGACAAUAUGAUGCUUGAUGAUCCUUUUAUCUAUUCUAGUAACGAUACUACGUGGGAGGAUGGAGAGGUACACUAUGACUCUUUGUGGGACUAACUAAUUCUUUUGUCAUAUCACACCAAAUAUUACCUUUAUAUGUCUUUGAAAUUGUUACACUUAUUAUUUUAAUCCGUUGUUUUUACUUUUUUACAGUUUUUUAAAAUUAAAUACAAUUAAAUAACUUACUUCCUACAAUUUUAAUCUUAUGUCAAAUAGAUGU